GCGUCAUGGCGGUCCGGCUCCUGCGUAACUGAGGCCGUGUGCUAGGCGGGCCUUUGGCGAGGUCGGAAGCCGCAGUGUGUGAAGGCAUUUAGCCGGUUUCACAUUAAAUUGGAAGAGGUUUUUAUUUCAUUUAACUUUUUUUUUUCUCCACACCACCAAUAAUCAUGAAUGCUACCGGUGCUGGAUACCCGCUGGCCUCUCUGUAUGUAGGUGAUUUGAAUUCAGACGUCACAGAGGCAAUGUUGUAUGAAAAGUUUUCCCCAGCAGGGCCGAUACUGUCCAUCCGAGUUUGCCGUGAUGUUGCCACACGUAGAUCUCUUGGAUAUGCUUAUAUUAAUUUCCAGCAACCUGCUGAUGCUGAGCGAGCUCUGGAUACAAUGAAUUUUGAAGUAAUCAAAGGCAAGCCAAUUCGAAUUAUGUGGUCUCAGAGAGAUCCUGGUCUUAGAAAAUCUGGUGUUGGAAACGUUUUCAUAAAAAAUCUUGAUGAAUCAAUCGAUAAUAAAGCUUUAUAUGAUACGUUUUCUGCGUUUGGAAAUAUCUUGUCUUGCAAGGUGGUUUGUGAUGAAAAUGGAUCUAGGGGCUAUGGUUUUGUUCACUUUGAGACUCAAGAAGCUGCCAACCGGGCUAUUGGCACUAUGAAUGGCAUGUUGCUCAAUGAUCGCAAAGUAUUUGUAGGCAUUUUUAAAUCGAGGAGAGAAAGAGAACUGGAGUAUGGGACAAAAGUCUUGGAAUUUACCAAUGUAUACAUCAAGAACUUUGGAGAAGAUAUGGAUGACAAAAGACUUAAAGAAAUGUUUUCUGCUUUUGGGAACACACAAAGUGUAAAAGUAAUGAUUGAUGGGCAUGGGCGUUCUCGAGGUUUCGGUUUUGUCAAUUUUGGAAGUCACGAAGAAGCACAGAAAGCAGUUUCUGAAAUGAAUGGGAAAGAAUUAAAUGGAAGAAUUCUUUAUGUAGGAAGAGCUCAGAAGAGAGUGGAACGUCAAAGUGAAUUAAAACGCAAAUUUGAACAAAUCAAACAGGAAAGAAUCAACAGAUACCAGGGGGUAAAUUUGUACGUAAAAAAUUUGGAUGAUGGUAUUGAUGAUGAACGACUCAGAAAGGAAUUCUCUCCAUAUGGCCUUAUUACUAGUGCAAAGGUAAUGACAGAGGGAGGUCACAGCAAAGGGUUUGGUUUUGUGUGUUUUUCAUCUCCAGAAGAGGCGACUAAAGCAGUUACAGAAAUGAACGGAAGAAUUGUCAGUACAAAGCCUCUGUAUGUAGCACUUGCUCAACGAAAGGAGGAAAGAAAGGCAAUUCUUACCAAUCAGUAUAUGCAGAGGUUAGCUACAAUGAGAGCAAUUCCAGGGCCUCUUGUUGGAUCCUUCCAACAACCUCCAAGCUAUUUCGUGCCUGCUAUGCCACAGCCACCAAACAGAGCUUUUUAUAAUCAAAGUCCUAUUGCAUCUGUGCGUCCAGCACCCCACUGGGCUUCACAGCAAGCCAGGCCUCCACAGUAUCAUCCGCCAACACCUAUAUUGCGGGCAGUUCCACCGAGACGCAUGACUUCUAAUAUUAGUACAAUGAAACAAGCAUCUACACAAGUACCAAGGGUAGCUCCACAGAGUCAAAGAGUAGCAAAUAUUGGCACUCAGACGGCUGGCGCUCGAGCCCAAGUUAACCCUACCGUUAUGCGCUCAAUGGGACAGUACAAGUAUUCCUGUUCAGUGAGAAAUAUGCAGCAAAUGGGGAAUGCGUCACACUUUCAACAGGUGAUGGAGCCAGCGGUACUAAUGCAAGGCCAAGAACCUCUAACCGCAUCAAUGCUUGCAGGCGCCCUGCCACAAGAGCAGAAGCAAAUGAUUGGUGAACGGAUUUAUCCACUUAUUCAUGAAAUGCAUGCAGGAUUAGCUGGAAAGAUUACAGGAAUGUUAUUGGAGAUUGAUAAUUCUGAACUACUUCAUAUGCUAGAAUCUCCAGAAUCCCUCCAGUCAAAAGUAGAAGAAGCUGUUGCGGUCUUACAAGCACAUCAUGCGAAGGAUGGAUCUCUUAAAAGUGGAACAUCUAUGAAAUAA